UUUGUGGAAGCAUCCAUGAUUCGUUUCCACUCUAAACUAUGAUGUCGGUGAUCAACAUGGGACGAGGGUCUCUCCUGGUGUUGGUUCUGGUACUUUUGGUUGGAAGAGGUAGCGGUCAAGCUACUACUGAAGCUGCAAGUACAACAUUCGUGACACAGUCCACCAUGGCACAAACAACACACUCCUCCAAACCGCUUGCUUCAAAUUCAUCGGCAUUGAUGAAUACUACCGAGGAAACAUUGAAUACAACUUUCACCGCGACACCAUUGAUGUUCACUACCAAUUCAAAUGAGACAACUACAGAGGGAAGGAAUGAAACACUUAGUACAAGUUCAUCUUCACAGACAACAUCGAUGGUGACUACCGACUCGGAGGAGACAACUACACGGGAAACAACUGAAACACAUAAUACAACAUCAACUUCACAGGCAACAUCGAUGGGAACUACCAGCUCAGUGGAGAUAACUACAAAUCAAACAACCGAACCUGUGACUUCAACUACACCAACGGCAAUUACAAAUUUACUAGAGACAACUCCAGAUCAAACAACCGAACCUGUGACUUCAACUACACCGGUGGGAAUGACGACAGCUACAGAUUCACCACAGACAACUACGGAGAACACAACCGAACCUCUGACUUCAAUUUCACCAACGGCAAUGAUGAUAACAGCAAGUGUACCAGAGACAACUCCAGAUCAAACAACUGAACCUCUGACUUCAACUACACCAGCGGGGAUGAUGACAGCUACAGAUUCACCAGAGAAAACUACAGAUCAAACAACUGAACCCCCGACUUCACCUACACCAACGGCAAUGAUGAUAAUUGCAACUACACCAGCGGCAAUGAUGAUGACUACAGCUGAUUCAACAGAGAAAACUACAGAUCAAACAACCGAAUCUCUGACUUCAACUACACCAACGGCAUCGGUGAUAACUACAACUACACCAGCGGCAAUGAUGAUGACUACAGAUUCACCAGAGACAACUACAGAUCAAACAACUGAACCCCCGACUUCAACUACACCAACGGUAAUGAUGAUAACUGCAAGUGUACCAGAGACAACUACAGAUCAAACAAUCGGACCUCUGACUUCAACUAUACCAGCGGUGAUGAUGACAGCUACAGAGUCACCAGAGACAACUACAGAUCAAACAACUGAACCCCCGACUUCAACUACACCAACGGCAAUGAUGAUGACUACAGAUUCAACAGAGAAAACUACAGAUCAAACAACCGAAUCUCUGACUUCAAAUACACCAACGGCAUCGGUGAUAACUACAACUACACCAGCGGCAAUGAUGAUGACUACAGAUUCAACAGAGACAACUACAGAUCAAACAACCGAAUCUCUGACUUCAACUACACCGACGGCAUCGGUGAUAACUACAACUACACCAGCGGCAAUGAUGAUGACUACAGAUUCAACAGAGACAACUACAGAUCAAACACCCGUACCUCUGACUUCAACUACACUAACGGCAAGGAUGACAGUUACAGAUUCACAAGAGACAACUACAGAUCAAACAACUGAACCCCCGACUUCAACUACACCAACGGGAACUACAAAUUUACUAGAGACAACUAGAGAUCAAACAACCGAACCUCUGACUUCAACUACAGAUUCGCCACAGACAACUACUGAGGAAACAACCGAAGCACUGACUACAGCUUCAAUUUCAUCUAUGACAACUACAAAGGAAACGACCACAAAUGUUCCACAGAAUGAAAGUACAACCAAGGUGUCCUCAACUGAAACCAAUACACCCGGUUCUUCUUCAUGUGUUUGUCCCUCAACUGACAUGUCAUCAUUCCAAACUCCUACAAUACCGGCCACGAAUAACCAUUUGGCAACGACUGAAAGGAUCACAACAAGUCAUGACACUGUCUCUACACCACCGACCAGCGAAUGUGCAACGCAGACUAUGGCCACUACUCCGGUGGAAGUCGACGAGUGUAUUGGAAACAACCACACAUGUCAUCCCAGUGCAUUAUGUGUAGAUACUGUGUAUCUAUACGAGUGCGUCUGUCCACCGGGAUACUCUGGAAACGGCACCUACUGCAAGGAUGUGGAUGAAUGUUUGGAUAACUCUGAUCUCUGCCAUGAAGACGCCCAGUGCUACAACACGGACGGGUCCUACAGCUGUGCAUGCAUGGGCGGUUAUGGAGGAGACGGUUUCAACUGCACUGAUAUUGAUCAGUGCGAAGAGGGAACGCAUCACUGUCAUCUAAACGCCACAUGUACAAACCUGAUUGGCAUGGAUCAGUACAACUGCUCAUGUGAUCAUGGAUUCCAUGGAGAUGGAUUUAUGUGCGAAGACAUCGAUGAAUGCGGUGACCCACGCCUACACGAUUGUACCCACAAUGAGACGUGCACGAAUACAAUGGGCGGAUACAAAUGCGUUUGCAAUGAAGGAUACAUAGAACAAGGGUCUAUAUGCAUUGAUAUUGAUCAGUGCGAAGAGGGAACGCAUCACUGUCAUCUAAACGCCACAUGUACAAACCUGAUUGGCAUGGAUCAGUACAACUGCUCAUGUGAUCAUGGAUUCCAUGGAGACGGAUUUGUGUGUGAAGACAUCGAUGAAUGCGGUGAUCCACGCCUACACGAUUGUACCCACAAUGAGACGUGCACGAAUACAAUGGGCGGAUACAAAUGCGUUUGCAAUGAAGGAUACAUAGAAAAAGGGUCUAUAUGCAUUGAUGUGGAUGACUGCGCUAAUGUGACCUGUUGGAACUCAGGCGUCUGUGUGGAUGGACUGGGAAGUUACAGAUGCGACUGCCAAGAAACGUUCAUCGGGGAGCACUGUGAAAUUUACCAAUCGGAGUGGGGUGACUGGAGCCCGUGGAGUGAGGACUGUGAGGCCCGGUAUGUGAACUACACGGCUGUGGAGGCUCGCAUCAGAACACGAACCUGUCAGGACAGGGCAGACCUGCACGGAGCUCCGUCCUGUGAAGGAACUGGCUUGGAGUGGCAACUGUGUGAAAUAGGCCGAGAAGCGCGAAAUUUCUCCCACUUGUUCCAGACAGUCAGCUCACCUAUCCAGCCCGGUUACGAGGUACAUGACAUAGUUCUUGAUCUAAGGGGACUUUCGUUAGAAGACAGUGACGGAAAUGUUAGAUUCGAAAUACUUUGGUCUGAUGAGGGCAAAUUUGUUCUCGAAGAUAACGGACUGUUGAAGGUCUCGGAGAUGCUCGAUCCAAACAGAGCGUACGGGCUGACCAUAGUCUCCAUAGAUAACAGCACUGAACCGUCUGCCCUCCUGCACAUAUACAAUGUUCUCAUUGAUGUGAAUCAUACGGAAUGGAUCUACGACAAAACCGGAUGCCCCCACGUUACAUUGGAAACAGAAGUGGAGGAGGAGAAGCCAAAUGGGACAACCGUUGCACACUUGGCAACAGAACUCAAUGGAGACGAAACCACGCGGUAUUUCCUGCGACCCGGUCCCUAUAGCGAAUUCGUCUAUGUUGAUGAAUUUACGGGAAUAGUGUCUACCAGCCAGUCCCUUGACAGAGAAGAAACGCGGUCUUUCUGGUUUGAUGCCGUAGUUGUUAACCACACGUCAACAGCCAUCGUUACUGUAAACGUAGAAAUAACUGACAUCAACGAUCACCCUCCAAUCUUCCAAAACACUCCUGUCUGGGGUAUCAUCUCUUCAGACGCCCCAGCGCUCACGAUCGUGGCAGUUGUCAAGGCAACGGAUGAAGAUGACGGUACAAACGGCAUGGUUGAGUACGAGUUAAUGUCUUACAACGAUGCUUUUCAAAUCACUGCCACUGAUGGUAUCAUCCGUGUGAAGGAUACUGAAUCUUUGCCCAGUGACCUUCUGGUAGAAAUAUCUGUACGGGCUAGAGACCUUGGAUCGGUCCAAAGGUCGACCGAUGCACAUAGAGCUGUAGAUCUGACUAUCGUUUCGUCCAGUCUCAUCCAGAUUGCAGUGGUUGAAAGUAUAGAGGAAAACAUACCCGUAGGCACUAUCGUGGCUAAUUUCUCCGACAAGCUGCAAGAGGAAGACCCCGAAGAAUCACCCAGAAACUACAGGUUCAUAUUACAGGAUGAUGGAUCAGGACAGGCGCAGCAAUUUUCUCUUGGCAAUACUACGGGCAUCUUGAGGACUGCUGCGGACAUCGACAGGGAGUCCAACACUUUCCAGGGAAGGUACACCUUCACGGUGGUGGCCUACGAAGAGGGGUCCUGCGACGGAAGGCUGAUCUCUGUUGCCAUCAAUGUGACUGACAUCAACGACAACACGCCUGUAUUCAGCUCCCAGACGUACGUGGGACAUAUUGCCGAAAACGCGGAGGCCGAUGCUGCAGUCCUAUUCCCUAACAACCAGGUUCCCCAGGCGACAGAUGCGGACUUUGGCAUCAAUGGCACCGUCACGUACGACAUUCAGUCAUCUCACAACACCGCCACCGGGAUGUUUUCAAUAGAUCCACAGACAGCAGCGAUCUAUGUUUCCUUUGAUGCUGCCUUUGACAGGGAAUCACGAGCGCAGUACAACUUCGUAGUUACCGCAACAGAUAGAGGUGGAGGAGCCGGAAGCCGAACUGGAACGGCAACGGUUACCAUUAACAUUGACGACAUAAAUGACAACGAGCCAAUCCUAGAGUCCACUGUCAAUGAGUACAACAUAUCUGAACAUGUAAGCGGAGGGUUUCUUAUAACCACAUUGUCGGCAACAGAUGCCGAUCAAGGAACCAACGCGGAAAUAGUCUAUACAUUAGAAGGCGGAGACCGUUUGUUCAAUGUCCAUCCAACAACAGGUGAACUUGAAGUAACCAGUGGUCACUUGGAUGCGGAAACUACGAACAGAUUCACACUUAACAUAUCAGCUCACGAUCUCGGAAGCCCGCCUCAAACUGGGACGCAGACAGUGACAAUAAACAUCUUGGACUUUAACGACAAUGCUCCGGUAUUCUUACAGAGCGUGUACAAGUUUUCCGUAAGUGAAGACAUUGAAGUUGGAGGAACGAUCGGAAAUUUAUCGGCUACUGAUGCAGACAUAACUGAGCAGAAUUCCGACAUAAGAUAUAAAAUUCUAAAUGGGGUCGGACCCUUUUAUGUUGAUAGCUUUAACGGCGCAGUAGUUGUCAAUGAAACUCUGGAUUACGAAGAAGGACAGACAUAUUUUGAGUUUGAAGUAGAAGCACAAGACACGGGAAUCCCCGCAUUGACAGGGAAGACGAGUAUCCUGCAAAUCGACAUCACAGACGCAAAUGAUAACCGGCCAAUUAUCUCUGAUAUAAAUCAUAAUUAUAGCCUGCUUGCUACAGCACCGGAGGGGUCUAUAGUAACAGUAGUACAGGCCUUGGACAUCGAUAGUGGAAACAACGGGAAAGUAACAUUCGCCAUAAAUUCAACACGCGAAAGUUUCAGCAUCGAUGAGGACACCGGCAUCGUCAAACUGAAUCAUCAGCUUGAAAACGUCAAUGAGGUAACAUCUGUAGUCACUGCAACAGAUAACGGGGAGAAGAAAAUGUCCUCCAACUUCACGUUAGUUGUACAAAUAGUCGAGCCAGAAACCGGAGUGACGCUGGACCCGCUAAACUUCAAGAACGACACCUACACUAUCGAUGUUACCGAGAACAUUUCGGGGGAUGUCCCAAUACUGAACGUCUCCAUAGCCGAGGAAGGGCUCACGUACGCCAUUCUACCGGAGAGUCCUCUGUUUAAAGUGGAUGAACAGGGCGUAAUUCACACUAGAUCAUAUAGAGGAACUUCGCUGUUAGACAGGGAGACGUCAGAACGGCAUGUUCUCGUGAUUGUGGCGAAAGACACGUCAGGACGCCAAGCAAGUGCACCGGUUGUAGUAAACGUGUUGGAUGUGAAUGAUGAGCCUCCAGUGUUCUCGGAGGGAGGAGUGAUUUUCGAGGUGGCAGAGGGAGACGACAGUGUCGGUAGCACGGUGGGAACUGUGUCUGCUGCGGACAGAGACGCCGGGUUGAAUGGCACUGUGGAAUAUCACAUCAUCGAUGGCAAUGCUGAUAGAGAUCUUGGGUCAAAUGCAGACGUAGAGUAUCGUAUCAUCAGUGAAAGAAGCUUUCAUGUCGGAGCUGGAGGUAGUAUCUUUACUUCUAGAAAGCUGGACAGGGAGACGAAAGACGUCUACUCAUUCUUGGUUGAAGCGUACAAUCCUGACGCUCCUCAUCUGAGCAACAUCGCAACGGUCAACAUUACCGUCAACGACGUCAACGACAACCCGCCUCACUUUACAACCCUUCAACAUGAGACUGUAACAAUUCCGGAAGAUACUAAGACGGGGACCAGCGUGUUUCAGGUGUCUGCUGAGGACAGGGACGGCAAUGAUGUUUCCUACAGAUUGACAGGAGGUAGCUGUCGUGAGCUUUUCUCUAUCGACGGAACAAGUGGUGAAAUCAGCGUGAACCAAAGACUGGACUCUAUUGACCGGCGUGAAGAAGUUUACUCCUGCAGUAUCGAGGUUACUGCUGACGAUGAUGGAGUUCCUUCACUAAAUACAACAAUAAAGAUCGCCAUCAACAUAACAGCAGUGAACUACUUCUGGCCUGAAUUUGAAACCACUUUCUUCAAUGUGACUGUGAGAGAACGUUUAGAAUGGGGUGAAGACGUUGAAGGGGUUCUGCUCAAUGCAACAGACUCGGACGAGGGACGAAAUGGUGUGGUCAAACUGGAAAUCACUGAUACAUCACACGAAGGUUUAUUCAACGUGACAUCAGAAGGACAACUUAUCGUGAACGUUCCCGAACUGGACAGAGAGCCGGACAACGACCAUGUCUAUGUUAUCGUGAGUGCCUACGACAUGGGAACUCCGCGAAAAUAUGCCAACGUUUCUGCAACAGUUAACAUUACCAUUCUGGACAUCAAUGACAACGUACCCGUGCCAGAUUCUGACGACAUUGAGCUAUCCAUACCUCAGCUAUUUUACGUCUUUGUGGAGAACUCAGUGGACUUCGAAGGCGACGUCAACGAGUUGGAAAUACACAAAAUCAAAGUUAAAGUUAAUGUAAUGUCAACGAACCGGCACGCACCUACAUUCACUAAAGAUCAUUACGAGCUCCAUGUUAAUGACAGCCUGCUUCCAAGAGGACACAUUUUUGAAAACGUGUCGGUCAAAGCAACAGAUGAUGACUCUGGUUCCGAUGGGGAGAUCGUGUAUUCCUUUGAAGACCGGACAUGCCAAGCAUUCUGGUACGUGCUGACCAUCGACCCGUGGAACGGUACUAUCUUAAUAGAUAAUACACUGGGAGAAGAAGAAUCCAACAGGUAUUGUACCAUCUAUGCAGUGGACCGAGGCAAUCCACAAAAACGGAGGCACCUGCAGCAUCCAGUAGACGGGCUAACUCCUGCACGACCGGGACAGGAGGAGACGACACCGUCGGUUCCUCGCGGAGGAACACUCCCGCCGCUACAGCGAGACAUGAACGCUCCUCAACGUACUCUCGGGCCCGAAAAAGAGAAGAGACGGAAGAAGAAAAGGAGGAGCAAGAUCCAUCCGGAAUGCAGGAGUGAUCGUGACAGCGGAAUCAGUGGGUCACAAGACGAUGGACAGAGCUCCUUCAAAUCUUGGCCUGACUCUCCCAAAGCUUGGACUGACUCCUCCAAAACUUGUACUGAAUCUUCCAAAGGUUUGACUGGCUCCCCUAAAACUUGGACUGACUCCCCCAAACCCUGGACUGACUCCCCCAAAGCUUGGGCAGAGUCCCUCAAAGUCCACCCUAAUGACGUACAGUCUAGGCCGGGUUUUGACUAUGAGUCACGAGGAGAUAGUGAGGAGGAGAUAGAUUCAGACGUCAGGCCUGUGUACGAAUACGACACGGAGGCGACCACUGACGGUGGCUCGAUGUUGAGCCUGUAGAUGUAUGUGCUAAAUCGACCAACAUGUCAGACAUUAUUGUUAUGAUCAAUUGCUACUGCACUGGUCUGUUUUCUUGCCUACAAAACGCAUAGGUUGAGAAAACAUGUUUAGUCCGAUGAAUAG